AUGGCUGCCAAGAAUCAUCAGAGGCCUCCUUUCCGCGCCGAGCACAUGGGCUCGCUGCUGCGACCCAAGGCCCUGACCGAGAAGCGCACAGCCCUGGACGGCAAGAAAGCCGUCGAGAUUGCCGCAGACGAGGAGCUGAAUCAGCUUGAGGAGCAAGGCGUGCGAGACAUUGUCAAGACUCAGCUGGACCUCGGUUUCCACGCCGUGACCGACGGCGAGUACCGCCGCCACCAGUUCUGGGGCAACUUUUUCCCCGGUCUCGAGGGCUUCGAGGAGGUCGAGACGCCGAGCUGGGAUAUCUUCCGCAUGUUCGUCCCAGACAUUGCGGCUUUUGUCGAGAGCGACCACAAGCCCGGCGAGUCCAUCGUCUGCACAGGCAAGAUCAAGCACAAGGGCAGCACGUAUCUGAGGGAGUGGGACUUCCUGAAGAGCCUCAUCCCGCCUGAGCGCGUCAAGGAGGCCAAGUUAACUCUGCCUGCGCCCGAGUGGUAUCACCUGCGGUAUCAGAAGGGGCAUGCGUAUCCCAAAGACGUCUAUGCCAAUGACGAAGAGUACUUUGCGGACAUUGCCAAAGCAUACCGCACAGAGCUGGAGAUUCUGUACAGCCAUGGCGUUCGGAAUAUCACAAUAGAUGACCCCAACUUGGCGUACUUCUGCUCGGAAAAGAUGCUCCAAGGCUUCAAGGACGCGGGCGAGGACGCGGACGCCCUGUUGCAGUCCUAUAUUAAGCUGUACAACGACUGCAUCUCGUCCCGCCCUGCCGACAUGCACGUCGGGAUCCACCUCUGCCGCGGCAACUUUGCCUACUCGCGACACUUCUCCGAGGGCGGCUACGAUCGCAUCGCGCCGCGGCUGUUCGGCGAGAUCGACGCUGACACCUACUUCCUCGAGUACGACACGGACCGCGCCGGCGGCUUCGAACCCCUCAGGGCGCUGCCGGCGCACAAGAACCUGAUCCUGGGCGUCGUCACGUCCAAGUUCUCCGAGCUCGAGGACCUGGAGGAGACGAAGGAGCGGGUGUUUCAGGCAGCCGAUCAUGUGGCCAAGGGCGCGGGCCAGACGCGCGCGCAGGCGCUCAAGAGGAUAGGCGUCAGCCCGCAGUGCGGGUUCGCGAGCCAUCACUUGGGCAACUCGGUCUCUCACCAGGACAUGGUGAACAAGCUGAAGCUGGUGCGGCAGCUGGCUGACUCGAUAUGGCCGGGCGAGCCGUGA